AUGGCCGAACCUCGCGACAUCUCGUCUAUUCUCGCCGCCCUAGGCGCUGCACAAAGAGGCACGUCUUCCACACCCACUCAGGCCCAGCCUGGCAUGCCGCCUGGUUACCCUCCACCUCCCGGUGCUCAGCCUUCCUACCCGCCCAUGCCUCCUCAGAGCGCCUCUCCCUACGGUGCCGCUGGUGGCUACCCUAUGCCCCAGCCUUCGGCCAGCGGCAGCCUGGAUUUGAGCUCCAUCCGGCCCGUCAACUCGGGUACCGUUAGUAUCGCGGAUGCCAUCGCUCAAGCAAAGGCUUUUGCUGCUGAAAAGGGCGUCACCUCGUAUGACCGACCCCUCGUCUACUCCAACGAACCCCGCGCUCAGGACUCUCGCGGAGGCUACCACCGAAGUUCUCGAUCUCGUUCUCCCCCCAACCGCCGCGACCAGUUCCGCGACAACUUCAACCCUUACAGAGACGAGCGCCGCGAUGACCGCCCUCCUCCGCGCGAUUACGGCCGCGACCGGUCCUAUAGUCCAGGCCCGCGUGGCCGCGCCUUCUCUCCCCGCAACUCAGGCGCCAGAGAGAGAUCGCCGCUCAGAGGCAGCGGUGGCGGUGGUGACGAUAAUUCCGAGACUAUCCAGAUAGAGUCCAGCUUGGUCGGUCUCAUCAUCGGACGUCAGGGCGAGAAUCUCCGUCGCAUCGAAGCCGAGUCUAGCUGCCGCGUCCAAUUCCUUCCUUCCUCGGACAACGGCCCCUACCGUCAGUGCAAGAUCACCGGUCCCAGAGCACGACGUGCCGAAGUCAAAACCUCCAUCAACCGUAUUAUCGACGACAGCGGCAUGGGCGCUAUCAACCGCGGAGCUGCCAACCCCAAGGGUGCUCCUCGCGAUAACCGGGGCGCCCCUCCGGGAAUGCCUGCUGGAGGUGGCGCUGCUGCUGCCGCUGGCGCUGGUGCUGCUGCUCUGAGAGACGGCGAGGACUGCAUGCAGAUCAUGGUUCCUGACAGAACCGUCGGUUUGAUUAUCGGCCGUGGUGGUGAGACGAUUCGUGAUCUCCAAGAGCGCUCCGGGUGCCACAUCAAUAUUGUUGGUGAAUCCAAGAGUGUCAACGGUCUCCGCCCUGUCAACCUCAUUGGCUCCCGCGAGUCUGCCGCACAAGCCAAGGACCUGAUCAUGGAGAUUGUCGAUAGCGACAGCCGAAACGAAGGCCAGCCUGCAGCUCCCGCAAAGAAACCGCCCAGACAAGACGGUGGCUACCAGCGUGAUGCUGGCCCUGGAGGAGGAGGCACCGGCGACAAGAUUCACGACGCCAUCUAUGUUCCAUCCGAGGCUGUUGGUAUGAUUAUCGGCAAGGGUGGAGAGACCAUUCGCGACAUGCAGAACGGUACCGGGUGCAAGAUCAACGUCGCACAAUCCUCAGGCCCUGGCGAAGUCCAGCGCGAGAUUGCCCUCAUUGGUUCGCGUGAUAGCAUCGCCCGCGCCAAGCAAGCAAUUGAGGAGAAGGUCGACGCAGUGCGCCAGAAGAACUCAGGAGGCGGCGGCGGUGGUGGUGGUGGUGGCCGUGGUCGUCAGAACCAGGACUAUGACAACAGAAGCUACUCUCAACAGGGAUCUAACUCAGCAGCAUCAGGACCGACUAAUCCCCCAGCUGCUGCCCAGGCUCCUGCUGGAGCAAACGGCGAAGAUCCGUAUGCGCAGUAUGGAGGCUACCAGAAUUAUCUGGCUCUUUGGUACCAGUCGGUACUGUAUCAACAGCAGCAAGGCGGUGCACCGGGUCAACCAGGUGCCCAGCCUCCGAGUGCCUCAUAG